AUGUCUCAGGCAACAACACGACAAACCCGUCCCAAGGUUGUAGAACCUAACAAGAAGUUGUUGGUCGUAUAUUCUUUAGAUCAACUUCAACAAGCUUUGGAAGAAUAUAUAGAUCGCACAGAGCUAGGUGAAAUUGAGAGUAUAAUUGAAGCAGAAAGACAGAAAUUACAAGAAAUUACUACAAAUAUCAAGUCUAAAGAAAAGGCAAGUGUAAAUCAAGUGAAUAGCAAGAACCAAACUGCAGUAACCUCAAUUUUGGUUCCUCCAGUUGAAGUGUGCCCACUAAAUGUACCCAAGCUAACAAAGUUCCAAAGACCUGAUCACUAUAUUAAGUUUCCAGUACAUAAGGAUUUCGUAUCUGGUAUCCGUCUGGAAGAUAAUACAAUUGUUCAUUAUGAUAUGACACGUGAAGAUGAGGAAUUCUUGGAAUCUUUACAAAGGUCUGUAAAAAACAUUACAGAAAUUGAUUUUAUAAAAAUUAUUGACUGCUUAGAGAAGACAACUAAUAGAGGUCCAGAAAUUAGUUUUGAUGAAGCUCUACGUGUUAUUAGAGACAGAAAUAUUGGGAUUAGAAGUCCUGUAGCCCUAAUUGUAUAUAAUUACUGGCGUCUAAGACGCCAAAAACUCGGGAAGCCACUACUGCGACAUUUAUGGCCUAUAACAUCUCCACAUGAUACAUCACCUUAUGCCUGUUUUCGUCCAAGGAUUCGUGAGAAGAUGACUCUUAGAAGACCUAGAAGGAACAGUAGAGAGAUGCUUGAUAAGGUUGAGAAGCUAUUAGAUGACUUCAGGAAAGUUGAGAAGAGUUUCAGAAAAUUACGACAAAGGGACGAGAAGAAACUUUUGUUAGCUGAAUUAGCUGUAUGUAUAUUUGAUCAAAGACGUCAUGAAAUUUCGGAUCCAUUUUAUAGGUGUCCAACAUGGGACAAACUAAAAGAUUUCAAGAUAUACAAACGUUCACACAAAAAAGAAGUUAAAUAUCCGAAUUUGAUGUUGGCUAGUGUAUCAAAUUAUGGAUGGAACCCUUCUCAAACCUAUAGACAGCUUAUAUAUGAUUGUAACAAUCUAGAGCAACUAUUAACGUAUUUCUGGCCUGAUGAAACUACAUUAUUAUCAUUCUAUUACUUCGGAACCUUGAAUUUAUGGCCAGUAUUGCCAAAUACAGCAUCUAAUGUAAAUACAAGUAAUAUAUCUACCAAUUCACCAAUGAAUAAUAGUAGUAAUAAUAAACGUAUAAGCUCGGCACUAAACCGCUUUGCACUUCCUAGUUACAUCUUAUCUACUUACAAAGCUGGUGUAGAUAUAUCAAAUAUUGAGGCUAUUAAGAACUUUAGAAGUCCCUGUAAGCCUCAUAGGUUAAUUAAACGUCGUGGAAGAGGUGGCAGGAUAUGGUUUGAUAGACGAAUGGCAUACAGUAAAUAUGAACCUUUAUUCACCCAUCCUCAGUAUUUAGAUUUUGGUGUUAAUUGUGGUUAUAAUAAUCAGUUUGCUAUCCAUGCCUAUUAUAGAAAAACAAGAAUAUUAUGUGAUUUAAUUGAUAAGUUGUGUACUGAUGGAUUAUUUGAUGCAUAUGGAAAUGAUGCUCAGACAAGUGGUGCAGUAGGAUCGACGACAGGUUCAGGAUUAAUAACUGGGAUAGGAACAAUGGGGACAAAUUCUGGAGAAACUUCCUACCAAGUUACAAACUUUACAAAUACUCCUUCUGGCAGAUCUAAGCAUAAAGGUAGUUCUAGUCACAUUUACUAG